AUGAAAUCUUUGCUAAAAGACCUCCACGUCCACUACGUCCGCGAGCUCGACUCCAAAAUCACAAAGCAAACCUACGAGUACUGGUUGCUGGAACAUCUCCGUCUCAACGGGCUCUAUUGGGGCUCCAUGGCCCUUGCGACUUUGGGCUCCUUGGACACCUUGCCCAAAGACCAGGUGGAGCAGUUUGUCAUGAGCUGCUACGACGAGCAGGCGGGCGCGUUCGCCGCUUUCCCGGGCCACGACGCCCACGUGCUCACCACGUUGUCUGCGCUCCAAAUCCUCCUCAUAUACGACCGGUUCGACGCGCUCUCCCCACAAAAGAAAGACCGCAUCGCGGCCUUCGUCUUGCGCCUCCGCUUGCCCGACGGCUCCUUCAUGGGCGACAGCUUCGGCGAAAUCGACACCCGCUUCGUGUUUGUCUCCGUGUUCAUUUUGACCCUCCUAGACCGUCUCUCGCCCGCCGUCGCCGACAGCGCCGCACACUUCAUUUUGUCCUGCCGGAACUUCGAUGGCGGCUUCGGCAUGUACCCCGGCGCCGAGUCGCAUGCGGCCCAGGUCUACACUUGUAUCGGCGCUUUGGCACUAUGCGAUGCGUUGGACAACGUAGAGGAAAAAACCGCCGCGUGGCUCAGCGAGAGGCAAGUCGUGGGCUCCGGAGGCUUCAACGGGCGGCCCGAGAAGUUGCCCGACGUGUGUUACAGCUGGUGGGUGCUCCUGAGCUUGGCGGCUCUAGAUAAAGCCCACUGGAUCAACUUUGUUUUGGACUGCCAGGACCUCCAGGCAGGCGGGUUUGCUGAUCGCCCAGACAACCAGACCGAUGUGUACCAUACGUGUUUUGCGUUGACCGGCUUGAGUUUGAUGUUUGCAGAGAAGUACGGGCUCGCAGAGGUGGACCCCGUCAUGUGCCUUCCGAAACGGUGCGUCGGCCAAAUCAACUACUACAAGAGAGCGUGA